AUGAGGAUAAGGAAGAGAGGGAGACAGACGUGCGAGCUGGGCUCGGGUCUGGGCUGCGAUUCGCUGGAUCGCUGGACUGGUCCAUUUUAUGGGACUAGACACAGAAGGAGACAUUUUUCUCCAAGAUAUACUGGGAACAACGUAUGGAUUCAUAAGCCCAACAGUACAGUUCCCUUACCAGUACUGAAGCUCCUUGAUUCAGGUAAUCUUGUGUUUGGAGAUUCUAGCAAUCUGACGGCUGGAGAGUACCUGUGGCAAAGCUUUGACCACCUAGUUGACACAUUAUUACCAGGAAUGAAGCUUGGCUGGGACAAGAAAACUGGCAUCGACCGAUCCAUGAGGUCCUGGAGGACAGAAGGUGAUCCAACUCCAGGUGAUUAUUUGUUCAGCAUUUGUGGGCCUUAUGGAGUUUGUAAUGAUGGAGAUCUCCCCUGCGGGUGUCCUGAUGGUUUCACAGCUGCAUCACCAGAUGCAUGGGGCAUGAUGAAUUUUACGGAGGGAUGUAGGAGAAACAUCUCACUUAACUACACCAAUAAAGACGUCUUUGUAGAGAAUAUUGGACUGAAGUUGCCUGAUAAUGCUACUUACUGGGGAAUGUUGUACCACCAGGAGUGUGAACAGAAGUGCUUAAAUGAAAGAUCGUAUGCACCUGUUUCCGACAGCAGAUGGAAACAUGAAUGGACAGUUUUUGCUUCUUUAAUCUCAGAGCUGGCACUACUUAUUAUUUUGCUUAUAGUUGUUGUGGUUCUAUGUCAAAAAAUGAGGACAAAGGUGCUAGAUGAACAAGAAAUCAAUCAGCUGACAAAUUCUCAAGGAGCUUUGCUGCAAGGCAAUAAUGUCAUUGCAUAUGAUUCCAGUGAUCUAGCUAUAGCCACUAACAAUUUCUCGCUGGUCAAUAAGAUAGGGCAUGGUGGCUUUGACAAUGUUUAUAAGGGUGUACUAGAGAAUGGAGUAGAAAUAGCAGUGAAGAAGCAGAACGUGACUUCACGUCAAGGAUUUAUUGAGUUCGAGAAUGAAGUCAAGUUAAUAGCAAAGCUACAACAUCAUGACCUAGCCAAAUUGUUGGGAUACUAUCCUGCAAAAAGGGGUACAGUAACAUGGCCAAUGCGCUUUAACAUUAUCAAAGGAAUCGCAAAAGGAUUAGUUUACAUACAUCAUGACUCAAGGUUGACAAUAAUCCACCGGGACUUAAAAGCUAGCAAUGUCUUUCUAGACAGAGAGAUGACACCCAAGAUAUCUGACUUAGGGUUGUCAAGGGUAUUCGAAGAUGAUGUUGAAGAAAAGACUCAGCAUUUAAUUGGAACACGUGGUUAUAUGCCUCCUGAGUACAUGAAAAAUGGACAUUAUUCAACAAAAUCAGACGUUUUUAGUUUUGGAAUCCUGGCAUUGGAGAUUGUGAAUGGCCAAAAGAAUUAUGAUUAUCGGCACCCAGUCUAUGAUAUUGGUCUAGUAGACUAUGCAAGCAGAAUUUGGAGUAAGGGGAAUGCCAUAGAACUACUGGAUCCAAUGAUUGAAAAACCAGGUGAUGAGAAUGAAGUUUUAGGAUGCAUCCUUGUUGGGCUCUUGUGUUGUCAACGCCGUGCCCAAGACAGGCCUUCAAUGAUUCAGGUGGUUUCCUUACUGGAGGAGAAUGAAAUGUCAAGGUUAAAUUUUGUGCCUCAGGAACCUUUAUACUCCAAGGAGUUGAGUCGCGGUGCAGGAGUUGAAACAGCAUGA